UAUGAAACUAUAAUAACCAAAACAACGUGUGGUCAGAGGACCGACUUCGAGGAGGAUGGCAGCUAGAAUAUCGGAUACAGAUGUAUUAACAAACACGGAGGGAUUAGAAGUACCCCACUGUGCACAUGGCCCAGCACUUAUGUUUGUGCGGUACAGUGGUUCUGAUGGUGGCAGGAAAUUCUUUGCUUGUUCGGCAUUUAGAGACCGAAAAAGCUGUACUUUCUUCCAGUGGAGUGAUGAAAAAGUCUCAGUGGAAAAGAAAGAAAUUCGAAAAACUAUACUAAAAUCUGAGGCACCAUUGUUCACUCAUAAACAGUACAGAAAAAGAUUUUCAAGCUUUAAGAAGUUGCCUCAGAGUGAAAGGCAUUUGUGUCGGACAUGUGGAUUGUUUUUGUUACCUGAUGAGAAAGACAACCACAGUAGGCAAGGCCAUGAUAUUUUGAGUAAUAUCAGUAAAGCCAUGCUGAAAGUACCAUCAAGACUUUUUCUUCCUCUUGACAACAAUAAAACUUAUGCCCAAUAUUUGUUUUCUGAGAAGACGGUGAAGUUUGUGUUAGAGCAGUUGGAGAACCUGAAUAAAACACAUGUAAUGUGUCUAGGAGCACCAAGAAUACAUGAAGCCAUUAUGAACAAAAGAGAUGGAGUACUUAAGAGCUUUCUGCUGGAUUUGGAUUUAAGAUAUAUGCAGCUGUAUGGACCUAAGCACUACUCCAGAUACAACAUGUUCAACCACCACUUCUUCGAUGGUGAAAAGUCUGUAGACUCAUUAACUAGCUUCUUGAACAGUUGUUCAUGUGACCAGGUUGCUAUGGUGUUUGAUCCACCAUUUGGUGGGAUGGUGGAGGCACUAACAGUCUCCAUUAGGAAAUUAUCAGACCUUUGGAAGGAAGCAUCACAAGCUGAUUCUUGUCUGCCCAUUUUGUGGUUCUUUCCUUACUUUAUGGAGAAAAGGAUUAUUGAUGCCUUCGAAAAUUUUCAUAUGCUAGAUUACAAGGUUGAUUAUGACAACCACCAAUUGUUUCGGGGUGAUGUAAAGAAGUAUGGGUCACCUGUCAGGAUAUUUACCAAUAUUCCUCCACGCCUAAUCACACUUCCUGCCGAGGAGGGAUACUGGUUCUGUGAAGUGUGCAAAAGGUAUUCUGCAAAAGAAAAUCUUCACUGUGAUGUUUGUGACACAUGCCCCUCAAAGGAUGGAAGGACAUACAGACAUUGUUUUCAGUGUGACCGGUGUGUGAAACCCAAUAAAGAGCAUUGUGAUACCUGUCAAUCAUGUCAGCUGAAGGACCACACAUGUGGAAAGACUUGUGGAGGAUGUCACAUCUGUGGUGCUUUGGAUCACAAAAGAAGAGAAUGUCCUGAGAAAGGAUCCAUGUCAUCAAUUAAAAGGUUGAAUAUUGACGGCUUGCUUGUUUAUUUUCCCUAUGACUACAUUUACCCAGAGCAAUAUAUGUACAUGUCAGAACUCAAAAAAACUUUAGAUGCCAAGGGACACUGUGCUUUGGAAAUGCCCUCUGGGACAGGCAAAACUAUUUCCUUACUGUCCUUAAUUGUUGCAUACAUGAAGGCAAAUCCGUUGGAGGUAACAAAGCUAAUAUAUUGCUCAAGGACUGUUCCAGAACUUGAAAAGGUUGUUGCUGAGCUGAAAAACCUAAUGGAUUAUUAUGAACAGCAACUUGGCAAAGGAAAACCCAAAAUAUUGGGUCUUGCUUUGAGCUCUAGGAAGAACUUGUGUAUUAACCCAGAGGUUAGUCAGGAAAGGGCGGGCAAUGCUGUCGAUGCUUUUUGUCAUAAACUCACAGCCUCAUUUGUCCGAGCCAAUCACAAGAGGGACCCAAUGGUCCCUGUCUGUAGCUUCUAUGAGAGUUUUGAUGCUCGUGGUAAAGAAAUCCCCCUACCAGAGGGAGUAUAUGGACUGGAUGAAUUACAGGAGUAUGGAAGGAAAACGGGAUUCUGUCCGUACUUCUUGGCCAGAUAUGCUAUAAACCAUGCAAACAUUGUGGUGUACAGUUACUAUUACCUACUGGACCCUAAGAUUGCUGAACAGGUCUCUAAAGAACUCUCCAAGAAAUCAGUAGUGGUCUUUGACGAAGCUCAUAAUAUUGAUAAUGUGUGUAUAGAAUCAAUGAGCAUCAAAAUCACAAGGAGAACUCUAGAAAAAUGUCAGCAAAACAUUGAUGGACUGAACAAACAAAUUCAAAGAUUAAAAGACUGUGAUGCAGAGAGGCUGAAAACUGAGUAUCAGAAGCUGGUCCAGGGCUUGCGGGAUGCAAAUAUAGCCAGGGAAACUGACGUGAUACUAGCAAAUCCAGUUCUUCCAGAUGAUGUUCUGAAAGAGGCAGUCCCUGGUAACAUCAGAACAGCUGAACAUUUCCUGGGCUUUAUGAAACGAUUCCUUGAAUACAUGAAAAUAAGGUUACGAGUCCAGCAUGUUGUAUCGGAGAGUCCACCAUCAUUUCUGAAGGACUGUUUGCAGAAAGUUUGUAUCGAGAGGAAACCACUCAGAUUUUGUGCGGAGAGACUGAACUCGCUGAUGAGGACGCUAGAGCUAGUGGAGGUACAGGACUACUCGGCUUUCUCGCUCCUGUGUCAUUUUGCCACUCUUGUCAGCACAUACGCCAAAGGUUUUGUGCUGAUAAUUGAACCCUUUGAUGACAGGACCCCGACUAUUACUAAUCCCAUUCUCCACUUCAGCUGUAUGGAUGCCUCCAUUGCAAUUAAGCCCGUGUUUGAUCGAUUUCAGAGUGUUGUAAUCACAUCUGGGACAUUAUCACCUCUUGAGAUGUAUCCAAGGAUACUGGAUUUCAGGCCUGUCACCAUGGCAACAUUUACAAUGACCUUAGCCAGAACCUGUAUUUGUCCUAUGGUUGUGAGUAAAGGGAAUGAUCAAGUUGCCAUGUCUUCAAAAUACGAAACAAGAGAAGAUGUGGCUGUGAUUCGCAACUAUGGUAACCUGUUGGUGGAGUUUUGCUCGGUUGUUCCAGAUGGCAUUGUUUGUUUUUUCACCAGCUAUAUUUACAUGGAGUCUACAGUGGCAGCAUGGUAUGAACAGGGAAUCAUAGAUCAAGUGCAAAAACAGAAACUCCUGUUCAUUGAAACUCAGGAUGCUGCCGAAACUUCACUUGCCCUUCUUAAUUAUCAAAAGGCCUGUGAGAAUGGGAGAGGUGCAGUUCUGUUGUCUGUAGCCAGAGGAAAAGUCUCCGAGGGUAUCGAUUUUGACCACCAUUUUGGAAGAGCUGUCAUAAUGUUUGGUGUUCCGUAUGUUUAUACACAAAGUAAAAUUUUAAAGGCUCGGUUAGAGUACUUACGAGACCAGUACCAAAUCAGGGAGAAUGAUUUCCUAACAUUUGAUGCAAUGCGCCAUGCAGCACAGUGUGUUGGCAGAGCCCUGAGAGGAAAGACCGACUAUGGCAUCAUGGUGUUUGCAGACAAAAGAUUUUCACGUGCAGACAAGAGAACCAAGAUCCCACGCUGGAUCCAGGAACACUUAAAGGAUGGGCUGUGCAAUCUGUCGACAGAUGAGGCCAUCCAGGUCAGCAAGCGAUUCCUUCGACAGAUGGCUCAGCCCUUCUCCAGGGAGGACCAGCUAGGCCUGUCUUUAUUGACUGUGGAACAGAUUGACCAAGAAGACACCAGGAAGAAACUGCAGUCCAGGAUGCAGUAUGUGUAGUGUAAUCGGGGGUUUGUGCAUAUGGCAGCUUGGUUCAGCUAAAGUGUCCGUUGAAACUGGAACUGUUUUUUACAGAACCAGAAAUCUCGCAGUGUAUUUUGAUAAUAUGUGAAAACAUUUGACCAUUUUGUAUGUUCAUUCAUUAAAAACUGCAUACCAUGCUCAUUGGUGCUGAACAAUGUCUGACAGAAAAGAGUUUGUACCA